GGUCUGUGCCGUGUCCCAUUUCGAAACUCAGUUGAAUUUUUACUUCCUCACAGAAAAGUGCAUUUUUUCGUUUCCUGCUAAGUUUGUUAAUAUCGUCUUAUAAAAAUGUUUAUGUUCAUGUGGUGGUUCUGCAGCAGCUUAAGACCAGCAGAGAGCACAGUGCUUGAUCCAGCUCUAUACCUCGCUCCAAGCCCUCCUCUCACACCUAUUACGGGCGAUAUACCGGGAAUAUUAUGGUCGCAAAUACCGAAGCAAGAUCCCAAACGAAACCCUAUUGGAAACCCUGACGCUAUUAACGAAUUGGAUACAUCGACUACGUUAGAAAAAGAGUCUAUGGAAAGUGCAGAGACAUUUUGGCCACGAUUUGGAGCAAAUUAUGGUCUACAAAGUAUUCCCGUACAAUUUCACCUAACUGGUACUUAUGGAGGUUUGGGAGGCACAGGCGUGAUUGGCAGUAGCUACGCUAGUAUACCUAGUACUAGAAAUGUCUUCGGAAAACCAUAUUAUGCUGGCAGCGACUACGGAUCGUAUGGAGGCAACAGUGUGAGAGUAUUUGGUACCAAUAACAGUCCUGUUUGGAGCGGCUGGGGUAACGGCAAGUGGGGUCACUAUGGAAAGGGGAAAUGAAAACAACCUAACUGUAAUUCUUAUACCUUUUCGUAAUAUGCGCUGAAGAUAAUUUUAAUUAGUUUAAUCAUUUAUGGCACAUAGUUAUAAUACAAAUAGAUUUUGCGAUGAGAACUUUAUUAAAAUAUCUAA